AUGAAGUCUAAAUUUCAACAACCAACACGAAAUUUAGUAUCAAUACCCAAAUAUUCCAUUUACCAUUUCUUUCAGAAGAAAGAUACAUACAAGGAUCCUAAGGGUCAACAAAUAAGAAUUUUUAAAAUGCCCAAGUUCCUGAUCCCGACCCUAAUUCUCUUGUCAUCAGCCUUCAUAUACCACCAAGCAUUCUCAAAAAAAGAGACCAUUAUCAAAAUAAAUGAGGAUUAGUGA